AUGUACUCAACCGGCUCUCUCCUGCGCUGGACAGCCACAUUGUUGGCGUCAACCACUGCCGUCUACGCCGCCCCGGCGCAGCAUGCCCCGGCACUGCACCCAAGAGCCGACUUCAACAUCCUCGUCGGCGGCAACGUCUCCCUCCGCAUCAUGCCCCUCGGCGCCUCAAUCACCUACGGCCUGACAUCCUCCGACGGCAACGGCUACCGCAAGGUCCUCCGCGACCUCCUUGUCGCCGACGGCAACCCCGUGGACAUGGUCGGCAACCACCCCAACGGCACCAUGGAGGACAACGACAACGAAGGCUGGCCCGGCUUCCGCAUCGAGCAGGUCCUCGCAAAGGCCAAAAUCUCCGUCCCCACGACGCUGCCGAACCUGGUCCUCAUCAACGCCGGCACAAACGACUGCGUCCAAAACUACGACAUCGCCAACGCCCACGUCCGCAUGCUCGAGAUGAUGGACUACAUCUGGGACACCUCCAAGCGCGCCACCAUCGUCCUCUCGACCCUCCUCGUGAACGGGAACAACAACACCGAGACCUGCGUCCUCAACGUCAACGAGCAGUUCAAGAAGCUCGCCGCCGAGCAGCAGGCGCUCUCUAAAAAGGUUGUCCUCGUCGACAUGCACUCGGACAAGGGCCCGCUCAAGAGCGACCUCGUGGACGGCACCCACCCGAGCGACGCGGGCUACGCCAAGAUGGCCUCUAUCUGGUUCGACGGCAUCAAGGACGCCGCGGCGCGCGGCUGGCUCGAGUCUCCUCAGCCUCUCCCCGAUAGCAAGAAGUCUGAUUGA